AUGUUCCUCUUAUUUUGGUUUUCGAUUUUUUUGGUACCUUAUUAUGUUAAUGCCCAAGGAUCUCUCAGUUUGAAUGUCAAUAAUUGGACAGCGAUUACAUCUGGGGAAUGGAUGGUCAAAUGUCACGCACCAUGGUGUCCCGCUUGCAAGCUCGUUGCCCCUGAAUGGGAAAAAUUCUCAGCUCUGGCCCCCAAAUACGAUAUAAAAGUUGCGGAUCUAGAUUGUUCCUCGGAAUCUGCAGUUGCAAUGAUAUUCACAAUAACCUCUCUUCCCACAAUCUUCCAUGUUAAAGAUGGCGAAUUCCGUAUCACGAAGGGAAAACGAAAGGCUAGCGAAUUGAUUGAUUUCAUUGAGAAGCGUGAAUUCGAGCUCAUUGAACCUGAGUCAUGGUACCUUCAUCCGAAAGCCAUUUACACUCCUGCUGUUGUUCGAUUUCUUGACCUCUGUCUUUCAAUCACAAAAGCUCAUCGUGCAAUGGUUGCGUACGGUGUCCCAGCAGCUCUCUCAAUUGUUCUUGUUGGAACUGGCGUGCUUGCCUCUGGAGCGGCUUUGGGAAUGCUCAUAAUCUGCAUUUGUGAAUAUUUCUGUCCACCUCGACCACAAAUCCUCAAUGUUGUUGGAAUGGAAGGCGAGCCACCACAACCCAUUGUUACAAAGGAAAAUGAUACGGAGCAGGACAUUGUUUUGGACGAUAGUGAGGAUAGUGGUUGGACAGAGGUGAAAUCUCCAGCAUCGAAGGAAUCUCCUACCGUGCGUCAUCGUAAAUCCAAGAAGUAG